AUGCUCACCCCAAGCAAAGCUCCCUUCUAUGACAUCAUGCCAGGGAAUUUGGGUACACCACUCGAGACUGUGACCCUCCCGGUGACCUUCGACACGAGGGAGAACUACAGGACCAAAUACAUCAAGUUCGAGGUGGCAAACUUCGAAUCUUUGUACCACGCCAUCCUGGGAAGACCCGCAUUGGCCAAGUUCAUGGCCAUGCCCCACUACGUCUACGUACUUCUCAAGAUGCUAGGAAGGAGUGGCGUGCUCACCUUCCGUGGAGACUUGAAGAAGUCGUAUGACUGCGACCAGGAGGCUAUCGAGUAUGCUUCGACAUCGCGCGUGCUGAAUCCUUCUUUAGAAGUACUCGUGGCCGCUCAACAACUCUCCUAG